GUGGCCAGUUCGAUCGGUAUCGGGAGCGGAGAGCGGAGCUCAGCGAGCCCGGAGCAGGGAGCAGCCCCCCCCACGGCCGGCCUCAGUCACCAUCACACCGCGGGAGGCGGCGCAAAUAGCCAGUCACCACCACCGUCCGCACCGAACAGCCGCCGCCAUGAGCAGCGAGGCCGAGACCCAGCCUCCCGCCGCCCCCGUCCCCGCGGCGGCCUCCGCCGCCGCCCCCGCCGACUCCAAACCCAACGGCGGGAGCGGGAACGGGAGCGGCGGCCUGGCCUCGGCGGCGCCUCCCGCCGGCGGGGACAAGAAGGUCAUCGCAACGAAGGUUUUGGGAACAGUGAAAUGGUUCAACGUACGGAACGGUUACGGCUUCAUCAACAGGAAUGACACCAAGGAAGAUGUGUUUGUCCAUCAGACUGCCAUAAAGAAGAAUAACCCCAGGAAGUACCUCCGCAGCGUAGGAGACGGAGAGACCGUGGAGUUUGAUGUGGUUGAAGGAGAGAAGGGUGCGGAGGCAGCGAACGUGACAGGGCCUGGUGGCGUUCCAGUGCAAGGCAGCAAAUACGCAGCAGACCGUAACCAUUACAGACGAUAUCCGCGUCGCAGGGGUCCUCCACGCAACUACCAGCAAAACUACCAGAACAGUGAGAGUGGGGAGAAGAACGAAGGAGCAGAGAACAUCCCGGAAGGCCAAGCCCAGCAGCGCCGUCCCUACCGCAGGCGGCGGUACCCACCUUACUACAUGCGUAGGCCCUACGGGCGUCGACCACAAUAUUCCAACCCUCCCGUGCAGGGAGAGAUAGUGGAGGGUGCUGACAACCAAGGUGCAGGAGAGCAAGGCAGACCAGUCAGGCAGAACAUGUAUCGAGGUUACAGACCGCGAUUCCGCAGCUUGACUUUCAGGGGUCCUCCUCGUCAAAGACAGCCUAGAGAGGAUGGAAACGAAGAAGAUAAAGAGAACCAAGGGGAUGAGACCCAAGGUCAGCAGCCACCUCAACGUCGGUACCGUCGUAACUUCAACUACAGACGCAGACGCCCAGAGAACCCUAAACCACAAGAUGGCAAAGAGACGAAGACAGCCGAACCACCAGCUGAGAACACGUCCGCUCCCGAGGCCGAGCAGGGCGGGGCUGAGUAAACGCCGGCUUAACAUCUCUACCAUCAUCCGGUUUAGUCAUCAAAGAAAAGACUUAAGAAAUGAA